AUGUCUUGGCUGAAAUUGGGAAAGAAGCUCCUACCUGCUAGAAAGGCGUGGAAGGUCUUCACCACCAAAUUACAGACCAAACUGCACAAGCUACAUAGAUCCAAAGCUAUCAAGAAACCCAAGAAACGUCUCGGCAAAACCACCAACAAAGCUGCUUUAUGGCAUGCCUUUUCUCUUCAACCCCGUUUUAAACGCGAAAAACGUUACCACCACCACCACCAUUAUCGCGUCCACAACAAACCGGCACCAGUAUUUAUUGAUGAGCUCUUUAUAGAGCCUGUCCCAAUUGUGAAGGAGUAUCUCCAACAACCAACCACAGCUGAAGCAAGCAAGAAGGCCAUAGUGCAAACACCACCAAGUGCAAACAAGACUAAGCUCGCCAACCAGCAAGCUGAUGUUCCAGGAACAAGCAUAAGGGAACCAGAAGGUCAUGAAAAGAUGCAUACAGCUGAUGAUAUGUGGGAAUCGUUAGCGUUGGCAUCGCCACAAAUGCAUGAAAUAAAUGAGAGAGCAGAAGAGUUCAUCACCAGAUUCCGUGGGGAGAUGCAGCUUCAGGAGACGAUGGCUCGUCAUUUGUAG